AUGGACCAGAUGAUGGGCGGAGCAGAAGGUGGUAUGGGCGGCAUGGGCGGCCAAGCUGGCUUCCCUCUCGAGCAAUGGUUCUGGGACAUGCCGCUGUGCACGCGAUGGUGGACGACGGCGACGGUGAUGACGAGCGCGCUGGUGCAGUGCCAGAUUGUGACGCCGUUCCAGCUGUUCUACAGCUUCAGAGCCGUGUUCUCCAAGUGGCAGUACUGGCGCCUUCUAACCACUUUCCUCUACUUCGGUCCUCUCUCCCUCGAUCUCGUCUUCCACGUCUUCUUUCUGACCCGCUACGCGCGACUCCUCGAGGAGUCCUCCGGCCGCUCUCCCGCCCACUUCUCCUGGCUCCUGCUCUACAGCACCACCUGUCUCAUCUGCCUUUCUCCCCUUGUGUCCAUGCCCUUCCUCGGCCAUCCCCUCAGCUCAACUCUCGUUUACAUCUGGUCGCGCCGCAACCCCGAUACGCGGCUCUCCUUCCUCGGCCUGCUGGUCUUCACAGCCCCGUACUUGCCGUGGGUGCUGAUGCUGUUCAGUCUGGUGGUGCACGGCGUGGUUCCCAAGGACGAGAUCAUGGGCGUGGUGAUCGGGCAUGUGUGGUACUUCUUCAGCGACGUGUAUCCGCCCUUGCAUGGGGGAAGUAGGCCGUUUGAUCCGCCCAGGUGGUGGAGGAGAAUCUUUGAGGGACCUCCAGCGGAGAUUACAGCCGACGCGCCGGACAACGAGAUUAACAAUGAGAUUGCUGUUGCAGCAGCUCCUGACGCGGAAGUCAGAUAG